AUGUUAUGGUGGAAACAACUUGAGUGCGUGCAAGAGAACGUUAUGAUGAUAGAACAGGAAGAGCAGAACUACAUCGACAACACAACGAUUACUCUGACAUUACCUACUAGGGAUCCUGUAUUACAAGAUAAUUUAUUGAUAGCAAAUAUAGACCAAGUAAAAAGUUUACAAGCUUCUCUUUUCCCAAUAUGUAACAAAGGAACAUUCAUAUCCAACUUUCUUCAAAAUAAUAUUAAAACAAAUCAGCUAGAAAUAAACACCGACAUAAAAACAUUUAGAACAACAGCAAAAUUAAAGGAACCGCGCGAUUUAUUCGCACUUCCUAAAGAGCUUGACUGUCCACAACAGGCGCCACGAUGGCCAUCAGAAUGUCAGGUUGUAGAGGAACGAAUACAACAUUUAAUAUGGAGCCCUGCAUCUCCAGAACCAUAUUAUGUUUCGACUGGGAAAGAACUGAAGCCACAGCCUGUUGGAGAAGAAGCUGGAACGGUGAUCUUUCAAUACUAUCCUAUGAGCGCAGUAAAUUAUUUUAGUCGAUCGUCGGUAGGAGGCUCUCGCUUGUAUUUAUCGGCGUGUACGAGUGCAGGGGGUGACGAUGAAUUACGGUUCGAAUCGCGUUUUGAAAGCGGAAAUUUAGCGAAAGCAAUUAAAAUAACGUCUGCUUACUACGAGCUCCACCUCCGUACUGAUCUCUAUACUAAUAGACACAUGCAAUGGUUUUACUUUAGGGUGUCUAACACUAAAAAACAAACGAUGUACAGGUUUUCAAUCGUAAAUUUGUCAAAACCCGAAAGUUUAUAUAACGAUGGCAUGCGACCUUUACUGUACUCAACGAAGGACGCCCAAUUACAUUCGAUCGGUUGGCGACGUUGCGGCGAUAACAUCGCUUACUACAAGAAUGAUUCCACGUCCGAAGAAGAAGACCAAAACCCAAGUUACACAUUGACAUUUAAUCUAGAAUUUCCCCACACAGACGACGCUGUAUAUAUUGCACAUUGUUAUCCAUACACAUAUUCAGAUUUACAAGAGUAUCUUUCUAGACUGCAAGCACAUCCAGUAAAAUCAACGUACUCAAAACUACGACUUUUAUGUCGAACUUUAGCCGGUAACAAUGUGUAUUAUUUAACCAUUACUGCGCCACAAAAUUCCAACGAAAUGGAACCCAAGAAGAAAAAAGCUGUAAUAAUUACGGCUCGUGUCCAUCCUGGAGAAACACCUUCAUCGUGGAUGAUGAAAGGAUUUAUGGAUUACCUAACCGGAGACUCGAAUCAAGCGCGAGAAUUGAGAGAGAAAUUUAUAUUCAAGCUUGUGCCGAUGUUAAAUCCUGACGGAGUUAUUGUUGGUAAUAAUCGUUGUUCUCUAACCGGAAAAGAUUUAAAUAGACAAUACAGAACCGUCAUAAGAGAAACAUAUCCACCUGUUUGGCACACAAAAGUUAUGAUACGAAGAUUACAGGAAGAAUGCGGCGUGGCUAUGUAUGUGGAUUUACACGCUCAUUCAAGAAAACAUAACAUUUUCAUUUACGGAUGUGAAAGCCGCAAAAAUUCUGACAAGCGAUUACAAGAGCAAGUUUUUCCUUUAAUGUUACAUAAGAAUGCUGCCGACAAGUUUUCAUUUGAAAAUUGCAAAUUUCGAAUACAACGUAGUAAAGAAGGAACUGCUAGAGUGGUAAUUUGGAUGUUGGGAGUAGCAAACAGUUACACAAUGGAAGCAUCUUUCGGUGGAUCAGAAAUGGGUAGUAGAAUGUCAACACAUUUUUCUACACAGGAUUACGAGAGUCUUGGCCGUACAUUUUGUGAAACAUUACUAGACUUCUAUGACGAAGAUCCAAGCAAAGAGAGAUUGCGAACAAAAAUUGUAACACGCCUUUUAAAGGAAGGAUCGAAUGCUGAUGAGCCAACAAAUAUCGAUCUUUCUGAUUACUCAAGUGACGAAGGAGAUACAUCAAGCAGCAGUUCCGAGGCAUGUGUUACGAAAGAACCUUAUGAGGUCACUCACCAACUUGCGCCGCCACCAUCUCCGAUUCUUCCGGAUAUUAAUAAAAAUACAGUUGAUAAACCACAAAGGCAACGAAUAGUAUUGGAAAAAAUCAAUAAAAUUGAAAAGAAAAAAACAAAAAGGGAAACAUUACAGGUAUCAAGAGCUACUAUAGAUUUAACAUCAGAUGCUAUGACAGAUGCAUCAUCAGAUUGUGACUCAUUUGAAGGAAAUCUUAGCCCUAUUCGACGAGUGCGUAAACUAAUACAUUCAUCUUCGAAAGUCAAAGCAAGAAGAAAGAAAAAAAUGCCUCCUGAAUUAAAAAUUUUUCCAGCACCAACAAGUGAUUCACCAUUUAAUUCUGAUCGUGAAAAAAAAUCAUCUAAAUGUAGAAGACCGAGAAGUGUAUCAAUGACAACCGAACCAUUUAAUAAAAGACCUUUAAAUCCGGCAUCAUGGCAUCAAUUCCAACGUUUACCACCCCCUAAGAGUUUAUCUGAAAUUAAAUGUAGACACACACAGCCAUCGGAAUUACAAGUGAAACUAAAUUCUUUAAGGAAAAAUGUGUGGACCGGGGUUCAGGAUGAUGAAAAAGGUCCCUUGUCUUGGGGCAUUUCCAGUUUUGCCAUGAACUCUUACUUUACAGACAGUGAAGCUUUACUUAGGUAAUGUAUCUGUAACAGGUCAUGUUCUAAGAAAUUAGAAGAAUUAGAGGGUGAAAAAAAGAAAAGCAAAGAAGAAAAAAAGAAAAAGAAAGUAAAAUCUAAAAAGAUUACAAUUAAAGUUACAAAUUCUGAUGAAAUUAUUGAACCAGUUAGUAAAUUAAAAACAAUUAAAAAAAAGGGAAAGUUAAAACAUACAAAAUCAGAAAACUCAACACUUACUAACAAUACUAGUUUUACAGAUGUUCCUAGAAAUUCACAACCAAUAAUACAAAACAGAGUUGCACAAUCAACAUUUAGAAAAAGUGCUUUUGUUGCAACAGCUAUACAAACUAAGAAGUCUAGUCGGAAGCCAAUACCAAAUGUUAUAACUGAUAACUCUGAUUCUGAUGAAUCUCUUAGAAAUACAAAGAAAGUCAAGAAAAAAUCUAAAUUAGUUAAAAAUAAAUUGCAAAAGACCCACACAGAGACUAAGAAUAGAAACUAA